GCGUUUCUUUACGUCGACGGGCGCGAUCUCUAACGACAGAUGAUGGACGGUCCCGAUUUACCCUGACGACUACAGUGUAGGCUUUACAUGAUGGCCUCGACAACUUGUUGCGUUAUCUACGACUUUCGCCUGCUGGCCUAAACCAGAAAAGAGAGAGGGAAGAGACUUCGCCAUGGAUCCUCGUCAUCCUUCUUACCUAAACCUCCUCCUCUUCCUCCACGUUAUCGUCUUCUUCCCAUCCCUCACCAGCUGCACCUGCUCCAACAAGUGCGGCUCCAUCGAUGUCCGCUACCCCUUCGGCACCGGCUACGGCUGCGGCUCCCCCCACUUCUACCCCUCCGUCACCUGCACCCCAGGCGGCAACGACGACGAUAACAGCGCCGGUGACAGCGACCACGACGACAAGGAGCAGCUCGUUCUGGGCACCCACACCGGCAGGUACCCCAUCACCUCCAUCUCCUACUCCGCCUCCACCCUCACCAUCGCCCCUCCCCUCAUGUCCACCUGCUCCUCCAUGCACCCCUCCGCCCCCAACAUUGGCCUCGACUGGUCCGCUCCCUUCCAGCUCGACUCCUCCGUCUUCGUCCUCCUCGCCUGCCCCGCCCCCACCUCCUCCCUGGCCAGCCACGGCAACCUCAUCUGCGACGCCGCUUCCGGCCCCCGCCUCUGCGGCGCGCUCCUCGAGUGCCCCGCCGUGGCCUCCCUCGGCCUGCCGCUCUUCGCGCCCACCAACACCUGCUGCGUCUACUCCCCGGCCAGUCUAGGCCCCAAGGGCGACCUCGACCUCCAGGGCCUCGGGUGCGCCGCCUACGCGUCGGUGGCGUCGCUGGGGCCGACGCCCAUGGACCCGAGCACCUGGGACUACGGCGUCGCUCUCAAGUACGGGGAGGCGGAGAUCGAGGUGGACGGGUUGGCGGAGGCGUGCGCGGCGUGCGAGCGGAGCGACGGGGUGUGUGGCUACGAACCGCCGAAGAACUACUUCGUCUGUGUCUGCAAGAGCGGGGUAAACAGCAGCACCGACUGCUACGGUCAGAACGAGGACCUGAAGGACUUCUGGCGAUCCACAGGGAAUGCUUCGAUCACUGGCCAUGUGAUGCUUGUUUGGAAGCUGAUGCUGCUCUUGGGAUGCUGGUGGUUGGUGCUGUAGAAAAGGAACGUGUGCAUGGUUCUGCUUUAUCUCGUCUGGCUUUUCUUCUGCUUUAAAGGUUCUUUGCGAUGAGAUGGAGAUGCUUUUUGAUGGAAAGCAAAGCUUUUGGACUGGAGAAGCCAUUGCUUUUUGUAAAUGAUUUCCUUCGAAGGAAGGAGAAUGUUAUCAUGCUGCAUGAUUGCCACUGUGAAUGAUCAACUCGGUUUGGAUUCUUUGUAACAAGCUGUAAUCUACGGAAGCUUGAUUUGUGAUUUCUAUCAGGUGCAACUCCA